AUGGUGGCCGUUGAUAUCAACGAGAAGAACAGUGGAAACAGUCUCAAGUUUCUAUGCAGUUACGGCGGCAGAAUCUUCCCUCGUUCGACCGACGGGAAGCUCCGUUACGUCGGAGGUCAUACCAGAGUCCUCACCGUCGAUCGUUCGAUCUCUUUUGCAGAGCUGAUGAAGAAACUGUGCGACUUCUGUGGAUUCUCCGUUGAUCUGAGAUGUCAAUUACCAAACGGAGAUCUCGAGACUCUAAUCUCCGUCAAGUCAGAGGAAGAUCUAGAGAACAUCGUCGAGGAGUAUGACCGCGUCUCCGCAGCCAAGAUCCGAGCCGUUCUAUCGCCUCCGAGAUCUCUUAAACACGAUUCGUCGUCGUCUUCAAGCGGCGAUCGAUCUCCGAAAUCGCCGUUCUCCGUUACGCCUUCCCCGCCGAACUCACCCUCUCGGGCGUAUGGAAGGUAUCUACAAUCUCGGUAUUGUCUACCUCCGACGGAUCUUCCGAGAAGAUCCAAUCAUAGAUCAGAAGAUUCUCCUUGCUAUGCGUGUCGUGUACACAAAGACUCUAGGCUCGUCUGGCAUUGA